GCCAAAUAGUAGUUCGUACUCAACAAAUAACAAACAAACCCUCGCAUUUACCAUAAUUACUACUUAAAACGCAUUAAAAAUGUUAUUAGCCGACAAAUACCGUCCCAAAGACUUCGCCAACUUAGAUUACCACAAAGAGCAAGCGACCAAUUUGAAGAAUCUAACCAAAGACGGCGAGUUUCCCCAUUUACUCGUUUACGGGCCGUUGGGAGCCGGCAAGAAGACCCGAAUAACGUGCAUAUUGCGCGAGCUCUUCGGCCCGGGAGUGGAACGCUUGAAAAUGGAAACGAUGAACUUCACAACACCGUCGAACAAGAAGCUGGAAAUCAUGACAAUCAGCAGUAACUACCACAUCGAAGUGAACCCGAGCGAUGUGGGAAUCUACGAUAGGGUCGUUAUAAUGGAUAUAAUCAAAAACGUGGCUCAAAGCCAACAGUUAAACGUAAACGCAGCGCGGGAAUUCAAAGUUGUUAUUCUUACAGAUGUCGAUAAUUUAACGAAAGAUGCCCAGCACGCUUUGCGUAGAACCAUGGAGAAAUACAUAGCGAAUUGCCGUAUUAUAAUGUGCGCAACGUCGAUAUCUCGAGUCAUACCAGCUAUCAGUUCCCGUUGUUUGUGCAUAAGAGUCCCGGCGCCCGAGGAAAGCGUCAUCGUAGACAUUCUACAAUCCACUUGCAAGAAAGAAGAUAUAUCGUUACCUCCGGUUUUAGCGAAACGUAUAGCCCAAGCAUCGAACCGCAACCUUCGCAGGGCUCUGCUGAUCUGCGAAACGUGCAAAGUCGAACAAUACCCUUUCAGCGACGACCAGAAGAUACCCGAGCUCGAUUGGGAAGUGUUUAUCAAGAAAAUGGCCGGUAAAAUUCUGGAGAACCAGAGCAUCGAGACUCUGUCGAACGUGAGAAAAGACCUGUACGAGUUGCUUUCGAACGAUAUUCCGGCCGGUGUGAUAUUCGAAACGUUGUUGAGAGAGUUGUUGAGGAAAAGCGAUGUGAGCAUUAGGGAGACCGUUAUCAAGGAGGCGGCCGAGCACGAGCACAGAUUGGUGCAAGGCAACAAACAGAUUUUCCAUUUGGAAUCGUUUGUGGCUAAGUUCAUGUAUGUUUAUCAGACUUUUAUGCAGGAGAUGUUUGGCGAUUUUUAAGUGUUUGGAUUGUUUGAAUAAAUGGCG